GACUCCAACAUUCAAAAACGUACCUAGUCGUCUCCCUUCCCUCGUCCACACCGUCGCUCUUCUCCUUUUGUCUCCCACUUUUCUCCUUGUCGUGGAUAUAGUCUGGCAUGGCCCCUCUCCGCUUGCGAAUCGAGGGACGGACCUUUAGAGACAGCGACAACCGGGAAGUUACUCUCCAUGGAAUCAAUGCCGCCGCCGAUGCCAAGUUCCCUGCAACUCCAGAUCAACCCUCGUACAUUGCUAAGAACUUCUUCGACGGUGACAAUGUUUCCUUUGUAAACCGCCCCUUCCCAGUCGAGGAUGCGGCCUCGCAUUUCGCGCGACUACGGUCAUGGGGAUACAACACAAUAAGGUACAUCUUCACCUGGGAAGCAAUAGAGCAUGCGGGUCCCGGCCAGUAUGAUGAGGAGUGGAUACAGCAUACCAUAUCCGUUUUGCGUCUGGCAAAGGGCUUUGGUUUCUAUAUCUUCAUGGAUCCUCACCAGGAUGUUUGGUCAAGGUUCUCAGGAGGUUCGGGGGCACCAAUGUGGACGCUCUAUGCCUGCGGGCUGGACCCUGAGUCCUUCGGCGUCACAGAAGCCGCCUUUGUCCAGAACACAUACCCCGAGCCAGACAAGUUCCCAAAGAUGAUAUGGCCUACCAACUACACCCGUCUUGCCUGCCAGGUCAUGUUUACCCUCUUCUUUGGAGGCAAGGACUUUGCCCCCAAAGCUAUUAUCGACGGGAAGAACAUCCAGGACUACCUACAGGACCAUUUCAUCGCCGCGUGCCACCAACUCGCGAAGCGCAUCCACGAGGCUGGUGACCUUGAGUAUGAUCCAAUUGUAGGAUGGGAGAGCCUGAACGAGCCAAACAGAGGUUUAAUUGGUUAUCAAGACCUUACUGCCAUUCCGAAAGAGCAGAAACUGCAAAGGGGCACUUCUCCUACGGCGUGGCAAGCUAUCCUGACCGGAUCCGGAAGAGCUUGCGAGAUCGACACUUGGGGCUUCGGUGGCAUGGGGCCUUAUAAAUCAGGCACCGCCCUAAUAGACCCUGAAGGCCUGACAGUGUGGCUGCCUUCAGAUUAUGACGACUCGCAGUACGAGUGGAAGCGCGAUCCUGAGUGGCAGCUGGGAGAAUGCAUUUGGGCGCAACACGGUGUCUGGGACCCCUCAACCGACACCAUGCUAAAAAAGGACUAUUUUGGAAAGGACCCAAAGAAUGGUGCAACCAUCGACUAUGAAUACUUUACGAACCACUAUUACAUGGCACACUACCGCAAAUAUAGUGCGAUGGUAAAGUCAGUGUUCCCCGACUCGUUGAUGUUUUUCCAACCGCCUGUUCUGGAAAUACCGCCGUCAAUCAAAGGCACGGAGGAUGACGACCCUAACAUGAUCUUUUCGCCACAUUUCUACGAUGGCAUAACCCUCUUAUCAAAGAAAUGGAAUCGCGUGUGGAACGUCGACGUUUUCGGUGUGCUCCGCGGCAAGUACCUCACGCCAGCCUUUGCUAUCAAGAUCGGAGAGACAGCGAUAAGGAAUUGCUUUGCCAAUCAGCUCACCGCCAUACGACAAGAGGGAACAGAUUACAUGGGCGUCCAUCCGUGCGUAUUCACCGAGAUUGGAAUACCCUAUGACAUGGACGACAAAUAUGCAUAUAAGACUGGCGAUUAUAGUAGCCAGAUAGCCGCCCUAGAUGCGAACCACUUUGCGUUAGAAGAAAGCAAGGCAAAUGGGUUCACGCUCUGGACCUAUGUCGCGACAAAUAACCACAUCUGGGGUGACCAGUGGAAUGGAGAGGAUCUUUCGAUCUACUCGUUAGAUGAUCGGCCGUUACCUGCGGGAGGCUUCUCUCGUAAUGAGUCCCGGACAUCAUUCGACACAACCUCGCCUUCCUAUUCGCAGGCACAGUCGUCAGAAACACUCAACGUGUCUCCCGCAAAUCUCCAGAAAACAAUGUCCGCUGAAGGCAUGAGCACUAAGUCUGGAGCGGGCAAUGUACGGGGUCUCCGCGCAGCAGAGGCGUUCGUGAGGCCCACACCCAUCGCGACCCACGGCGACGUGUCGUCGUAUGGAUUCGACCUUCGAAACUGCACCUUCAAGCUGGCGCUGUCGGCACCAAGCCCUACACGAGACGUUGCGCCGACAAUCGUCUUUUUGCCAGAGUUCCAUUUCCCAUCGGGACAGACAGCCGUUGAAGUCAGUGGUGGCAAAUGGACUAUUAGCACCGAAGAGCAAAAGGGCGCGUUGCUUCAGAUUCUGAGGUGGUGGCAUGCCGAGGGAGAUCAGACCAUAGUCGUGCAGGGGGUGAAGCGCAAGCAAGGCACGGUGUUGGGAGUGGAGGAAGAUGAAGGUUAUCUCCAGCAAUGCCAGAGGACGGCCUGCACGGUGAUGUAAUCGUGGUUCGAUGGUCACGCUGUCAGCAUUUUAUGGCGCACAUCUCUUUGGCCGUUUUGUUUUUGGCACGCACACAUGUGAUGGAUUCACCGUCUGCCUCGCGGUGGUCCCAGGCGCUGUAUCACGAUAUAAUGAAGGGGGGACAUUGUAGAUAGUUUGAAUUUCUUGA